CCAUCUAUGGCCAGACGUUGAACCCACUGAACUUAAAGAAGACAUGUGGGGGCUCCUCAGGGGGAGAGGGAGCUCUGAUGGCAGAAAGAGGGUCCAUCCUAGACAUGGGUACUGACACAGGUGACAGCAUCUGCAUAUCAGCCAGCUUCUGUGGUGUUUAUGGCCUCUGGACUGCAGGUUCCCACCUCAGCUACACUGGAAUUGCCUCUGCCAUCAAGGGGAGAAAAUUGGUGACCACAGUGGUGGUCCCCAUGGCCUGGGACGUGGAGAGCCUGGCGCUGUGCCUGCGAACCCUGCUGAGUGAAGACAGGUACCGACUGGACCCCACUGUGCCCCGGAUGCCCUUCAGGGAGGAGGUGAAGACCCCCUUACCCACCCCAGGCUACAGUGAGUGAGAAGCCCACAUGCUCAGUCCAGUUUGUUUCCUGCCCCUGCUGGACGCCAGCUGCUUUGGCCUCUUGGCUAUCUGGAGCCAUAGCUGUAAGUGCCCCCAAAGAGGGCCUCCAGUGCCAUAUACUCAACCCAUGCAGGCAGAAUACUCAGCAAGUGUGGUUCAGAGGAUGUGGCAUCCAGUUAAGCUAGGCUUUUAACCCUCUAGGUAACCCUGGCCAAGUCACAUCUCUUCUCUCGGCCUUAACCUCCCCAUCAGUACAAUAAAGAGGUUAGGCUGGGAGAUCACUCCACA